AUGGCAUCAGGACCAGUUGGUGGAGGAUUUAUCAGACACCGAAGACUUUGGCGUUUUUUUUCGGUUGAUCCAGAAAUUUAUCCAUUAAUUGGAUUGCUUUCUGUGAUGUUCGCAUCAGCUGGUUAUAUGAUGGGGCGUAAAGCCACCAAUAACGAAGAGAAUAAUAUUUUGAAAGCCUCACAAGCAUAUCCUUGGCAACAUAUUAAUGAAGAAGGAAGACCUGGUGAUGGUAGGAAUCAUGAAGGAAAAGAUUACAAAUAUCGCUAUCAUGCAAACAGUGAUCCUAGCCAACCAACAUAUACUGCUCCGAGCGCAGUAAACGAACAUAGAAUUCGUCUCAGAUUAUCAAAAGAUGUGGCAGAAAAACUUCCAAAAAGUAUGGUCGUCGAUUAA